AUGGGAAAUACUGUCUCUUCUAUCUCUUCCCCAGAAAAAGAAAAUUCGCAACGUUUUGAGUUUACAAGCGGACAUUCAACUUUAUCCAAAAAAGAAUUACUCUCUUUACCGAACAUUUCAAGACGUCGUCACUCGGCAUCUUCAUGCAGAACAAUAACUUUCCCUACGCAUCCUCCUUUCCCGUCCUCUUCUCAUUCUACUUUUUCUAUGCAAAUUUCGCGUCAGUCGGAAGAACCAUCAAAAAAUUCAUUCUCUCAAUCUCUGUCUCAUCGUUCGCAAGAAAAUAUUCAGUUCCAGUAUAGAAAUGGUCGAAAAUAUUAUAACGUUCCGAAUUCAAAAUACUGUUUACCUUUAGACGAUGAAGAAAUUGAUCGGUUACAACUACAACACUUCUUGUUUCGUUAUAUUUGGCAAGGAAAUUUUUCAGCUCCGGUUGAAGAAAUGCUCGAGAGCGGAUGUAAAGUCCUAGAUGAACGUGGAUACUAG